AUGGGAUUUGCGAGUGGUGGGGCACAAUGCCCAGUCACUAUUGCUAUACGAAAGGAGAGCGCUGUCGAGGGAUUGCUCAGGAGCUUUGAGACGAUAGGCAAGAGCAAAGGUGACCGUGCCGGUUCGUGUAACGCGAAGGCCGACGACAUGCUUGGCCAAGCCGAGAGUGCGAUGGAGCCAGAUACAUUUAUCGGCUUCGGACAGGAUAAAAUCCGCCGCACGCAACUUGGAAGAGCCGUCAGUCUGCUUGAGGCCGUAGAGGCCUCGGUUGAGCGAAAAUCGAAAGGCUGCCGCAGGGGCAACAAGAGCGUAUGUGUGCUAGUAGCUGUCGCCGUGGUGUUGUUCAUCACCGAGGGCGACAAGACGUGCUUUGAAACGAGUAAGGUGACCGUGUUUAUUCUCGCGUUCAAUAUGAAUAGUCUGGAGCCAGUUGGCCUUGGCGGGUGAUUUGAUGGCCGCAGCAAUCUAUUUUUGGGACGUUAAGGUCGUACAUGGCGGCGGCGUCGUCGGAGGUGAGUUCGGGUCGAUCAGUCGAUUGUAUAGGGAUAAUCUUAUUUAUUUCAAAAAUGGCAAGUAUGUAUGAUGUAUGAACAUAUGGUAUGGCUCUCAUAGUC